AUGGCGCAGAAUUGCGAUGUAAAGAAAAAAGAAAAGAAGAAUAAGAAGUGUGAAAAGAAUAGAGAAUUAAGCUGGAUUACACAGUUGAUAUUUCCUAAAUUUAUCUCACCGUCGAAAGGCGUGCAAAAUGAAAGCGAAAUUAGUCUAUUCUUCAAUGUGAGCAUGCGCGGUGGUGUAUUCCAACGCACUCGUCGUCGAGUUCGUCGGACGUUGUUGCUGCCGGUGUUGCUCAGCGUGGCCGCGUUGUUCGCUGUGAUCGCUGUGAGCACAGAUUUUUUACCAGUGCCCAACUCCUCAUCAGAACAAUUUCCGCCUGAUCUUUUCACAUUGGAACAACGUCAGCACGGCGCUAUUCUGCUACAUCUCGGCGGCCUCGUCUAUAUGUUCGUCGCCUUAGCCAUCGUCUGCGACGAAUUCUUCGUGCCCAGUUUGUCCGUCCUCAUCGAGAUGUUUAAAAUCUCCGAGGAUGUUGCGGGCGCAACAUUUAUGGCGGCCGGUGGCUCAGCACCUGAGUUCUUCACGUCGGUGUUCGGUGUGUUUGUUGCACAAAACAAUGUUGGUAUAGGUACCAUUGUUGGUAGUGCAACAUUUAACAUUCUGUGCGUACUGGCAUUCUGUACGUUAUUCUCACGAGAAGUUUUGCAUCUGACAUGGUGGCCUCUAUUCAGGCGAUUUUUUUUCUUUUUGUUUCUUUAA